AUGAUCGCUCCUUGGCUUUAUGAUUCGCUAACAAAUGAACACUACGAUGAAUUAUAUUAUGUUACACCGGAAAUGAAAACAGAACACGAACAGGAACUAAGUUUAUACUUAACAUCAAUUUUAGAAGACCUUAUGGCUGAAAAAAAUAAACCGGUCGAUCCUAUUGAUCUAGCUAUAGAAAAUCAAAAAGGCGUUGAAAGUAAGUCUAAAUGGUAUAAAAAGUGCAACGCAACUAAUAUUGAUAAUAGGAAACGAAAUUGCCUUCAGUGUAAUGAGAAAUUGGAUACAUUGGCUACUUUACAAACCGAAUCUACUAGUGAAAUUCACGACAUAGCUCCCAAACCAAAAACCCUUAUAAUAAAGCCUCAUAUAUAUACUCAUGAAAAAAAAAGUUUAUUUUCCGAACAUGUUAGUAUUACGCAACGAUCAAAACCUGAGCAUGGUGUAAUCGUUCCGGAAAUGCAUGUGCCAGAUCCAUUAGAACUUAAUCCCAAUUCA